GUCCUCGCACAGUCCCACCGCUCUAGGCGCUUCACCACACCUCUCUUUCUCUCUCUCUCGUUCUCUCUCUCUCUCUCUUUCAAUUUCUCUGCAGACUAAGCACAAACCCUAAGGACAGGUCCACCGCCACAGGGUAAUGCGGCGCCGUAUUGAUCACCGUCUUCGGAGUAGAAUAACGGCAAUGGUGGAAUUGUUAUCCGGUACGGGCAUGACUAUCGUAAGUGAUGAUCAGCUUUGUUAAUAUAUAGAGAGAAGAGUAUAGAGGAAGGAUUAUCAUUGACAAAGAGAAGAAAAAGGAAAAAAACAGAAGAAAAAAAAAACACAAUUGAAGAAAGUUAUAUUUUUGGCGUAGUAUGUGUGAUUUGGUGGCCCGCACGGGUCGGCAUCAGCAACGGUACGAGGCCGGUUGUCGCCUAGUCGCCGGGUGUAUUCCAUUUAGGCUUAGAAGUUCAGACAAGAGUGGAAAUGCGGAUACUGAGAAGAUUGUUGAGUUGCUUAUGAUUAACUCAACUAGCGGACCAGGACUUUUGUUUCCAAAGGGAGGCUGGGAGAAUGAUGAAACUGUUCAAGAGGCUGCAGUUAGGGAAGCUAUUGAAGAAGCUGGAGUUCGAGGGGAUCUGAUGGAUUUCCUGGGGUAUUAUGACUUUAAGAGUAAAACCCACCAAGAUGAGUUCAGCCCAGAAGGUUUAUGUAAAGCUGCGAUGUUUGCUUUGUUUGUCAAGGAGGAGCUCGAGUCAUGGCCAGAGAUGAGCACCCGAACGAGAACUUGGUUAACUGUACCGGAGGCAGUGGAUAGGUGCCGGCAUUCAUGGAUGAGGGACGCCCUGGAGAAUGGCUUCUCCAAAUGGUAUGCAGAGAGAGCGAUGAAUGCAGGGGAGGACAUUUCUGAGCAACAGUGACUUGCUGGGUGUUGAUAAAGUAAAGCUACGGCAAGUCUAUGGCAGAAUUGUUGUGAAGUGACAGAACACUAGCAAUGAAAUUGCUGUUCAUGAUGAUAUGGUUACCUCUUUUUUUUUCUUUUUUUUUUUAUUCUAAGUUUUUUUUUUUUUUUUUUUCCUUGUGAGUUUACCUCUCUGACAUUUUAAUUCAGAGGGUAUUCAAUGUCAUUUUAGCUUAAGUUUCAGCUUCCCUCCAGGAUUUUCAUUGAUAUAUAACAGUUUCAUUUACAAGCGAAUCACAUGUAUUUUGGACACAUUAGUUUAAUAGACUAAGUUGAAGGAAAACUGUCCUUUGUGUAGAUGGAGCUGCUAGAUAAAACAGUUCA